UGACAGGCUCUCUUCUAAGCGCUGCCUUAUAGAGAGGCAACGUAUCGGUAACCGCUAAGUGGGGAACUUCACCGGGAUACUUCACUGACAGGUCACACGUUCACUCCCCGGUCAUUAGACUUUUCCGUUGAUUUAUCCUACAUUUCUCGCUCAAGCGUCCGUUCAGUAGAGAUACAAUAGAAAUACAACUAUCUUGGACUCUGGCUUGGGGAUGUUGUAUGCUCGUGGCGUUAACAGGUAGGCGAGAUAAGCUUGUGUGCACAUUCUGUGCCAGCAAAGGAAGACAGAGGCGGAUUGUUCUUGAAACCCACAGACAGGCAGCGAGAACCGAAGAGAAGCUGCUGCAUGUGCAGUAGCUAAUGGGGAUCCUAAUAAACUAAUCUAAACAGGAAGCCUACAUUCUCACCAACAUCAAUUUCCUGGUCGUAUUUUCUCCGCUCAUCUGAUUGACGUUUGAUGGACGUUUGAUUGGUUGAUGUAAUGCCCAUAUACAUCAUCGACCGAAAAUUUUCAGAGACACCUGGUGAGUCAUUACAGCCAGCAGCUGAAGGAGUGUUGAGCAUGGCAGAGACCGUCCCCCCUAAGUCGGCUAAGAAGCCCCGCUGGACCUCCCUGGAGAUCGGCCUGCUCACCGUCGUCUCCCUCCUCUUCAUCGUCAUAGUGGCCCUCAUCGUCCUCUUCGCCACACAGCGGACUGACAGCGAUGCUGUCUGCACCACGGCGGACUGCACUCAGUCAGCAUCUCGUCUGAUAGAGAACAUGGAUGCCAAUGUGGACCCGUGUGACAACUUCUACCAGUACGCCUGUGGAGGCUGGUUGAAGAAGAACAUCAUCCCAGAGACAAGCUCCCGGUACAGCACCUUCGACAUCCUACGAGAUGAACUGGAGGUGGUCCUCAAAGAUGUUCUGGAGAGAACCGUGGAGGGGGAGGCCAGUGCCCUCACUAAAGCCAAGACCCUCUACAGAUCCUGCACCAAUGAGAGUCAGAUUGAGAAAAGGGGCGGAGCUCCUCUACUAGACAUGCUCCCUAAUGUAUUUGAGUGGCCAAUAGCUACAGACAACUGGGAGACUGACUAUGGUAACAAAUGGAAGUUGGAGGAUGCCAUUGCCAGACUAAAUGAGAAAUACGGAACUCAUGUCUUGGUUAAUUUUUUUAUCGGCACUGAUGACAAAGACUCCAAUUCACACAUCAUUCAUUUUGACCAGCAAACCAGUCUUGGCCUCUUAUCCAGAGAUUACUAUACCUGCACUGGGCCUUAUGCAGAGCCAUGUAGAGCAUAUGAACAGUUCAUGAUAGAUGUAGCCAAGCUGAUCCGUACCGACCGCAGCCUGGUGGUCAACGAGACCCAGAUCAGAGAGGAGGUCACCAGGGUUAUUGAGCUGGAGAAGGAGAUUGCCAACGCCACUGAUACUCCAGAGGACCGUAACAACCCAGUUCUCCUCUACAACAACAUGGAGCUGGGUGUUCUCAAUGCUAACUUCAGCCUGGAGGUGGACACACAAGUUUUUGACUGGAGUUACUUCACCAGGAAGAUCAUGGGGACGGUCGGCGUCACUGUGCCUGACACAGAGCGUGUCAUCAACUACGCACCUAACUACUACAGACGACUCAACCCUGUCCUAGCCAAGUACACUAAGAGAGACCUGCAGAACUACAUGGUGUGGCGUUUUGUCAUGAACAUGGUGGUGGGUCUGAGCAGGCAGUACAGGGACACCAGGAAAGCCUUCCGUAAGGCGCUGUACGGUACCACGUCGGAGGCUGCGGUGUGGCGGCAGUGUGCCAUUUAUGUCAACAACAAUAUGGACAACGCUGUGGGAAGACUGUACGUAGAGGAGGCCUUCUCUGGGGAGAGCAAAGAACUGAUGGAAGAGAUGAUCGCUGUGAUCCGGGAGGUGUUCAUCAGUAACUUAGACCACCUAAGAUGGAUGGAUGUAGAGACCAAGAAGGCUGCUGAGGAGAAGGCACAAGCUAUCCGAGAGCGGAUUGGUUACUCCGACAACAUCAAAAAUGACACCUACCUGAACAACGAGUAUAAAAAUUUGAGCUACAAUGCAGAGGAGUACUUUGAGAACAUCCUUCAGAACCUGGAGUAUGUACAGAAGAAACGUCUGAGGAAGCUACGGGUCAAAGUCAACAAAGAAGAAUGGGUAACAGGAGCAGCCAUUGUCAAUGCCUUCUACUCUUCAAGCAAAAACCAAAUAGUGUUUCCAGCAGGCAUCCUACAGCCUCCGUUCUUCGGUAAGGGCCAGACCAAGUCUCUGAACUUUGGCGGUAUCGGCAUGGUGAUCGGACAUGAGAUCACUCACGGGUUUGAUGACAACGGUCGUAACUAUGAUAAAGAUGGUGACCUGAAGGACUGGUGGACGCCAAGCUCCACCCAGAACUUUGUGGAGCUGUCUAAGUGCAUGGUGGACCAGUAUGGAAACUUCUCCUGGGACCUGGCCAACGGACUGAAUCUCAACGGGAAUAACACUCUGGGAGAGAACAUUGCAGACAACGGUGGGAUCCGCCAGUCAUACCAGGCCUACCAGAACUAUGUGGAGAAGAAUGGGAAUGAGCCUCUCCUGCCUGGAAUAAACCUCAACCAUCAACAACUCUUCUUUCUCAACUUCGCCCAGGUGUGGUGUGGAACACAUCGACCAGAACAAGCUGUCAACUCCAUCAAAGUAGAUGUACACAGUCCAGGGAAGUUCAGGGUCCUGGGGUCCCUCCAAAACUUCCCUGAGUUUGCCAAGGCCUUCAACUGUCCCAAGAACAGCUACAUGUUGCCUGAGAAGACCUGCCAAGUCUGGUGAUACUGUAGUCCUGACGCUCGCCUGCCCUGAGGUCACCUUUCCCCCCGACUGUUACAGCACUAGUCUGGGACAGGGGUAUGGUCGAUGUCCCCCAGUUCACUGCAGGGUGGGACCAGGACUGCUACACUGACCGUACAGAACAACCAGCUUCAUUCAAGGGACUACAGAGUGCUGUUCAUAGCCAGCUCCCAGACUCUUCACCCAAUCAGCCAAGUCACUGCUUUCACUGGAUACAGUCACGGCAAUUCACAAUCUUUUUUUUUGUUGUGUUCGUUAAAUGUACUUUUCAAUUAUACUUUUUUCCCUCUGCAUUUCACUUAUGAUUCAUUAUUUUGUUUGUAUACAAAAUGUGAGACUAAUUUGAGCAUCUUGAAUCACAGGAAAAUAUCCACUUAUUCUAAACUGUCUCUGUAAGUCCAAAAAUGCUAUUUGUUUUACUCUAUGAAGUGGGCCUCAAUAUUAACCAGAAUGUAUACUGUAUAUCAAUACGUUCUAGAUGAAUAUACAUUGACAGUAAUCAAUACAGUCACACUAGGGGGAUUCUAUUUUAUUGUAUAUUUAAGAAAAUCACAUUUGAUUUGACUGAAAAUAUAUAUAUAUCAAUGAGUAUAAUAAGAAUUGCAUAAAUGUUGUUCUGUAUAUGUUAAAUGUUUCAAAAUGGGUGCCAACUAUUUAUGUCUACAAGCAUAAAACCAAAAUGAAGUUCUUGCCUUGCAAUCAGUUGGGUGACCUAGCUGGUCAGGAAUUGACAUACACCAAACAUAUUCAUAUUUUUAUUUUACAGUAAGAAUGUGACCUCUAUUCAAACUGCUCUGUGUCCAACAGAGGAGGCUGGUGGGAGGAGCUAUAGGAGGAUGGACUCAUUGUAAUGGCUAGAAUGGAAUCAA